GAGUAGCGUAUGAGUCAGGCGCGCGGCGAGACUGAGCUGCGGGACGUGACCCGGUGACCCAGAGUGAGUCAUCCGCCGCCGCCGCCGGACGUCGGGGCGGCCGGGUUACGCCCCCUGAUCAGUUGCACAGGGGAUGACGUAUGACAAUGUGAUUGGCUAAUGAUGAUGCGCGAUGACGUGUGCGUGAGAGCUAUGGUCUGGUUGGGAGUGUGAUUGCUGGGCAGUUGGCUGAGAGGCUCGGAGGAGAGCGGAAUAUAGUUUUCUUGGUUACGUGGACGCAGGAGUUCUAAAUCGCUUAAAGCUAUUUCGGCCAUUCUCAGAACAAUCAGUGCUUGUGACAAUGUCUGACGUGGAAGAGGAGAGUGGUGCCGCGGUGGUCGAUACCAAUGCGGCGGAACCCGAACUUCCUGCACCUGCUUUCGAUCUGCGGGCAAUACCAGAGUUCGACGGUACCGGUGACGUCGUCAAAUGGCUGGAGCAGGCGAAACAGCUGUGCGCCCUGAGACGCGUUUCCCUGGCCGCUGUUUUGCCGACGCGCCUGCGGGACCAGGCGUACGAAGUUUGGGCCAGCCUCUCCGAGACCGAACAACGAGACGCUGAGAUCGUCCGUGACAAGCUGCACAGCGCCUUUGCCAUGGGACCGGACGCCGCAAUGUCAGAGCUAUAUCGUCGACGUCUGGAGCCGGGUGAGUCUGUUGAUGCUUACCUGGGCUCCAUCAAACGUCUGAUGUCUCUAAUCGGCUAUGUGUCCAGCACGGUCAUGACGGUUCAUUUCCUACAAGGCCUGCCAGCGGAAGUGCGGCUGACGGUACGAAACAGCGUUGGAGAUGGCACGCUCACCCUGGAGCGAGCGGUCGCCAUCGCCCGGUCGACGUUGGCGAUAACUGCCAGGGAGAGAGCGGCUGCACCGGUGGCUGCCGUCCAACUGCCGCCACCAUCGGUACAGCAACAGCGGGCGACCAGAGGAACUGCUCGCCGGCCACCGUUGCGGUGCUGGACCUGUGGCCAGAUGGGCCACAUCGCCCGGCUCUGCCCAAACGGACGUGGCGACGGCGCUACAUCAGCGCCACGGGCUCCGCCGUCGCCAGCCGCCGCAACAGCCCGGGAACGCCCAUCAUCGCCAUCACCGUGAAUGGGCACAGGUGCCGAGCACUGGUCGACACGGGAUGUAGUGAGACAGUGGUGUGGAAGGGCGUGGUGUCCCGAUGGGAGCGGAGUGACACCAGUUUGAUGGCUGUCAACGACAGCCCAGUUCGGUGCUGUGGGCAGGCUGCGGUGAGCCUGGGUGUGCGCGGAACGACAGUGAAUGUGCGGGCGGUCGUCGUACCGGCCCGGUUGUUAGGCGUGGACGUGUUGCUAGGUAUGACGGGCAUCGACGCUCUGCGUGGCGUAAGUGUGAGUGGGGGGUCUGUUCGCUUCGGAAGCGAAGACCCGGCUGCUACGGAGCAGCGUGAGGCCCCGCCGGAGCGGGAGGUGUGCCGAGCGGUCGGCACGGCUGCGGGCGUGCAGCGUGAGGCCCCGCCGGAGCGGGAGGCGUGCCGAGCGGUCGGCACGGCUGCGGGCGUGCAGCGUGA